UGUGUUUCAUAGAAGGGUUCUGAUCGAUGUUUUAACUUUGCUUUGUUUUGCAAGCAAGAUGAACAAAUUUUUGGAUGCAGCCCCUGGGGUUAGGAUCCCCAAGAAGAAAAGUAAGGUGGCAAAGGUUAUUGCAGAGGUGGGAAGAAGAGAUGGAAGGAGCUUUACCCACUCUACUGACACUUUGGCUCUGGUCAUCUCUCAACCAAGGAGUGUAGAGGCUAAGAGUACGAAGGUUCCUCCAAGUGGGGGCAAAGGUUACAUCCAUGCUUCCACAGCGAGCUACUAUGAACCCGGCAUGAGAAGCAUGGCGAAGAGGUUCAUUAAUACCUACUUCUUGGAUAUGAACUGUCAAUGGGCCAAGGAUGAGGUUGAGAAUGCUAAGCUUGUCCAAAAAAAGGAGGAAGUUAAGUUGGAGAAGGCAAAAUUGCUUUCUGAGCUGAAUAAGCUCAGAGAGGAGAAUGCCAUUUUGAAAAGGGACUCGGGGUACUCAUUCCAGAAGAGAAGAAUCUGCAAGGACGAGCUCAAGAAGAAAGAAAAUGAGCUGGACGAAGUGAGGAAAGUAGCAAUUAAGCUGGAGCUUCAAGUACACAACUCUGCUGAAGUGCACAUAACAAAGUUUUGGAAGUCCAGUACCUUCGACAAUAUCAUCAACUUGUACCAGCUUCCAACUGUGAUUGUUACCUUCUCUGAUUGCCGAAAGAAGGUAAAGUUGCAGUACCCUGAGGUCGACGUGACAAAAGUCACGUUCAGGGAUUAGGAGGGAGAGGUUGAGGAAAACGGGGAGAGUGGAACUGUUGACUUUCGACUUGAAAUCGAACUCAAAUGGGAUCGGGAUAGUCGAGGUCGGACCUUUUUCCGCUGAACUUCGACUUUAAGUUCGUGCUAGUAGAUGACAAAGAAAGCGAAGGUGUUAACAAGCCAAAUCAGCCUACUGAAUGAUUGUUACUUCGUUCGUUUUGUAAAUAAUGAUUGUACAAAAUUUUUGAUUUAAUGAAUUCAAAGCUCAUUU